UCUAAACUGGCUGUGUGGUAUGUGUAUAUAUGAGUGUUAGAGAGUGAGCAAGAGUACACAAGAGAGCUGGUUUGACCAGAAACAGAACUGCCCGUGACAGAUUAAAAGACAAGGGAGGCUUGGAAUCCGAGUCCAGCAAAGGAGAGUGGAAAUUUACAGCUGCUCCGUGAGUGUUCAAGUGAUCAUUUUCUGCUAACAUUUUCCAUUGGUAACAGUUGAUCUUCAGAAAGGCAAAGUCAAGACUGAAUUGUGGAACUGCUUUCCUGUGCCACGUGUCUGCAAUAAAAGACAUCUAUUAAAUGGAAGAUAAAGACUACUUCAUCUAAGGGACUUUGGGACUGGGAGAGAGCUGUCUUCAGCACCUCACCAUGUGGCUAUUAGUUUCUGCUUAAGCCCGGAUGUUCCUCUGAGGCUGGCAUCCCAUAGAUAUUAUAAGAAGAACUGUGAGUGAAAAAAAUGCCUCUGUUUAGUAAGUCACACAAAAAUCCUGCUGAAAUUGUUAAAACUCUGAAGGACAACCUGGCUAUAUUGGAAAAGCAAGAAAAAAAGACAGACAAGGCUUCAGAAGAAGUGUCUAAGUCACUGCAAGCAAUGAAGGAAAUUUUGUGUGGUACAAAUGACAAGGAACCACCCACAGAAGCCGUGGCCCAGUUAGCCCAAGAACUGUAUACUAGUGGUCUGCUUGUAACCCUGAUAGCGGACCUUCAGCUGAUCGACUUUGAGGGGAAAAAAGAUGUAACCCAGAUAUUUAACAACAUAUUGAGAAGACAAAUAGGUACUCGAAGUCCUACAGUGGAAUACAUUAGUGCACAUCCUCAUAUCUUAUUUAUGCUUCUUAAAGGAUAUGAAGCACCACAGGUUGCCUUACGUUGUGGAAUUAUGCUGAGAGAAUGUAUCCGAUAUGAGCCACUUGCCAAAAUUGUCCUGUUUUCCAGUCAGUUCAGAGAAUUUUUCAAGUAUGUGGAAUUGUCCACAUUUGACAUUGCUUCAGAUGCCUUUGCUACAUUUAAGGACUUAUUGACAAGACAUAAAGCAUUGGUGGCAGAAUUCUUAGAACAAAAUUAUGAUACCAUUUUUGAAGACUAUGAAAAGUUGCUUCUCUCUGAGAAUUAUGUGACUAAGAGACAAUCUUUAAAGCUGCUGGGUGAACUGAUUCUAGACCGACACAACUUUGCUAUUAUGACAAAGUACAUCAGCAAGCCAGAGAAUCUGAAGUUAAUGAUGAACCUUCUCCGAGAUAAAAGUCCAAACAUUCAGUUUGAAGCAUUUCAUGUCUUUAAGGUGUUCGUGGCUAGCCCUCACAAAACCCAGCCAAUCGUGGAGAUUCUGCUGAAAAAUCAACCAAAGCUCAUUGAGUUUCUGAGCACCUUCCAAAAGGAAAGGACGGAUGAUGAGCAAUUCACCGAUGAGAAGAAUUAUUUGAUUAAACAAAUCCGAGACUUGAAAAAAACAACCCCUUGAAGAUUUUACCUAAUUUUCUGCCAUAGGCAUUAAUCCUAUUUGUUCAGUUUGUAUAAAUGUCAUUUAAAAUAGUGCUUGGGAAGGCAUGCACAUGCCUAUUUUAAUUCACUGUUCAGAUAAAUGGAGUAUAAAACUUUUAAAAUGGGAAAGUUAAAAAAAACUAGAAUAAUAUAUUAUUUUUAAUCAAGUCUGUGAUUAUUUAUGUCAAAUGAGCAAACCUCUGCAUUAGAAAGGGACCAGCUUUUACCCACGUGUUUGCAUCAGCUCGUCCUCGCUUUUACUACCAGCAGACUCGAGCUCUCCUUUCCUGUAAGCGCCCCACGGAGGAGCUUGUCCUGAUCUUCUUUGCACGUCCAGUCGUGACCGGGCCCACGCGGGAGCCACGAAGGAGCCCGAGCUCUUUGGCCGUGUUUGCCGAUGCCACGAGAGGCUAGAAUCAAAGAGAGGCUCACUUCAGGCAUUUUUGUCUUUCCUCCUUUGUUUCUCUCCUGAUGUCCUUCGGUUGAUUCUAAACGAGGAGUUCCUCGCCUUUAGGAGACAUCCCUAUUCCCUUGCCCUAGUUGAGAUGUGAGCUUGUUCAGGACUCUCUUUUAGCCUCCAGAACAAGGCCAAGCCGCCUCUGACUCUGGUCCAGCGAUGCCCAGAGCAGCCCAGCCUCUGCGGAGGAGUCUUUUGGGACCAAGCCCAGAGAAAGGCAGCUUCCGUGUGGCCUUCCAGAAGAUCCAUCAAGGGGGCCUGAAAUCUAAGAAACGAUGUCCUUGUCGGUACUUCAAGUAGGUGAUGGAAGGCAGUAAUCUAGACUCCAAAGAGGCGUAUUCUGGGUGUCUCUGCCCGGGGACGUCAGAGGCACAGGCUUGGGUCCAAGGGUGGCCCACGUGUUUGGGGCACGCAUUUUCCUAGGGAAGUGCAGAACCAGGGAGGGAGUCAAUAAAAGAGAGGAGGAGAUAUCCCUGGAACAGCAGAAAGCUGAUUCUUUAUAACUCUACAGCAGACUCUAGCAAAAGGAAAGCAAACCCGUGAGAUUCGGUGGCCCCCGACAUACUUGUUGCAUCUUAGAGUAAUUAAGGAUUUAAUUCAUGCGCUUUGGAAAAGGCACGGACCUACCAGGUCAUGUUUAUUUCCCGAUGUCAGUUGUAUAAAAAUGAUGUCUGUCUUAGCACUCUUGAAUUUUAAAGCUCUAUUUACAAACUAUUAAAGGCAUGGUUACUAA